AUGGAGCAAGACACGAGCUCUGCUGCCCUCCAGGCAGUUGAGCAUCAGGACCCCACCCCCACUGUUACGACAAACACAAGUGCGACAGCCAGCACCAGUGCUUUGGCGGUCUCUGUCGCAACUGGUGCUUCUACGCCAGCCUCCGAGAAGCCUAUCCACGCAUUGGUUAUUGAUGCCAAUGCUAUCAUCAAGAAUGACCCAUCGGUAUCGACCCUGCUUGCCCGGGCCGAUGAAUUGUAUACCAUCCCCGCUGUAGUGGCUGAGAUCCGUGAUGAGGCCACAAGACUUCGGUUCCAAACAACACUGGCCCCCUUUUUGAAGCUUAGAACCCCUCGUCCUGAAUCCGUCCAAUUCAUUAUCACCUUCGCCCGGAAGACGGGUGACUUGCAAGUCCUGUCACGGCCUGAUCUGCAGCUUCUUGCCCUGACCUACGAGUUGGAAAUUGAGAAGAAUGGAGGUGAUUGGCGGUUAAGAAAGGAUCCUACCCAGAGAAACCUGAAUGGGAAACCCCCCGGGAUUGAAGAGAAAGCAGAUUUGAGGCAAAAAGAGAGCACAGAAGGGUCAGAUAUUGCCAUACCCGAAGAAUAUUCAGUUGCUGUUACUGAGAAGAAGGAGGGGGAAGAGGAGAAGCAGCUAGAGCAAAAGACCUCUGCAUCAGACACAAAAGCGUCUCAGGCAAUGACCGAGCCGGUGACAGAGCAAUUAGAGGAGCUCAAGUUGGAUGAGUCCACUGCCGGUGAUAAUAAAUCAGAGGAGGAAAACCCAGAUGAUGAACCGGAAGAUGACAGUGAUGGAGAAUGGAUCACCCCGACCAAUAUCAGAAAAUAUCAAGCACGCGCAAAUGCUUUGACUGUCCCAGAGCCUGUUCAAGAGACAAUGAAGGUAGCCUUAAUCACUGCUGAUAUGGCAAUGCGCAAUGUCGCCUUGAGAAUCAACCUCAACCUGCUUGAUACCGGCUUUUCUCGCAUCACACAUCUAAAGACUUGGAUUUUGAGAUGCCACGGCUGCUACAAAGUGUGCAAGGACACAUCAAAACAGUUCUGCCCUUCAUGUGGGCAACCAACUUUGACAAGGGUGUCAUGCACCACAGAUGCGAUGGGCAACUUCACACUGCACUUAAAAAAGAACUGGCAGUGGAACAACAGAGGCAAUGUGUACAGCAUCCCAAAGCCAACACAUGGCUCAGCAAGCGGCAAAGGCACCCAUGUUAAGGGUGGAGGUAAGAAUGGCUGGGGGAGGGAGCUGAUCCUUGCAGAGGACCAGAAGGAAUACCAGAAGAAGCUUCAGGAACAGCGGCGGACAAAAUAUCAGGACCUCUUGGAUCCCGAUUAUCUUCCUGGGAUCCUGACAGGUGCUAGGAGUCAGAGCAGUGGUGGGAGGAUUAGAGUUGGAGCAGGUCGCAAUGUUAAUGCAAAGAAGAGGAGGUGA